AUGUUGAGCUUGUUGGGAAAGUCAGCGACACAACGGGCCAUCGAGAACCAUCUCGCUCAGCGAGACAUCGCUCUUGGCUUCGCUUUACCUGACGAAACUCCGAGCAGCAAGACGCUCGUCGUGCAAGAUAGCGAGAGCCCGUACAAUGGAUUGAAUGUGGCUCUCGCCGAGAACGAUCUCGAGAUCCUCUCGUGUGACAUUGCUGGCAUCACCUCUGGCAUCAGAGCCGGCCGCUGGACUUCGACGCAAGUUCUCUGCGCCUACGUGCGUGCUACUCGUCGAGCACAGAUUCGAACCAAUUGCCUGACCGAGGUGUUCAUCGACAAGGCGCUUCAGCGUGCAGUCGAGCUCGAUACGCACUUCGCCAAGACGGGCGAGCUGGUCGGCCCGCUACAUGGUGUGCCCAUCUCGCUGAAGGACAUGUUCAACUACUCUGGCGUCAAGACGACGAUCGGCUUUUCAGAAUGGAUCGCAAAACCGCCGGAGCCCGUUACAGCCUCCGUUGCCUCGAUCUGCAACCAUCUCGGUGCGCUUCUAUACGUCAAGACCAACAUCCCCCAAACGUUCAUGACCUUCGAGAGCACCAACCCGGUGUUUGGAAGAACGAUCAACCCCUACUCUCCCGAUCAUACCUCAGGUGGAAGCUCCGGCGGCGAGAGUGCCAUCAUCGCCUGCGAUGGAUCAGCUGCCGGUCUGGGUACAGACAUUGCAGGAAGUUUGAGAAUUCCAUCGCAUCACGCGGGUAUCUAUACGAUCAAGCCAAGUCCCGGAAGAUGGUCGUACACUGGAAUGUGCGAUUACGGCAAAGGAUUCGAGAGCAUCCAGGCUGUAGCCGGUCCCAUGUGCAGAAGUGCAGCUGAUGUUGAGACGCUGUUCGUUGAAGUGGCGAGACAACACGUACCCAAAUGGCUGCGCAACAAGAGGGACAAGAACGACCCUGCUGUGCUCAAAGAAGCGGUGGAGAAUGACGAGGCUAUGGCGCGCUUCCGCAUUUCUGACUCAUCGACUGUGGUGCUCAACGAAGCGUGGCUCAACCCGCUCGGCAUGUCGGAAGCUCGUGGCACGCCACUUCGCAUCGGUUUCGUUGUCGGCGAUGGUAUCCACCGCACUACGCCUGCCUGCUACCGUGCCAUCCUCGAGUGCGUCGCUGCGCUCAGGGCCAAGUACAGUGGCCAACAAAUCGAGCUGAUCGAGAUCAAUCCUAGCCAGCUGCAGACGCUCGAAGUUAUGCGUAUCUUCCUCCGUCUCUUCACCGCCGACGGCUUCCGCAACCUCGAGGCUUACCUGGGACCCGACAAGCUGAUCGCCCAGGUGCAGAUGCCCGUCCGACUUAGUCGGAUUCCACAAUGGUUGCGCGGCGUCAUCGUAUUCUUUAUCCGCUACAUCAUCCGAGAUCGUAUCUAUGCAGAGCUAGCUGGAUCUGCGCGUCGGCUCACGGCUGCCGAGCAUGCCGACGUGCUCGAGCGUCGAGAGCGUUUCGUUGACAGGUGGAACCACACCAUGUGGGAAGACCUCGCACUCGAUGCAUUCAUCGCCCCCACACAAGCUUGUCCCGCAGUCCCGCACGGUGGGGCCAGCCACAAUUCAGCGAUGGCGGGUUUCACAGUGCUGUACAACAUUGUCAAAGCUCCCGUCGCCGUACUCCCCGUUCUACGUGUUGAUGUAUCACACGAUUCGCACCAGGAGAAGCAUUACGAGCAUGCUUCGCCCGAACAGCGAGCAGCAUUCACAAAGUGGGCUCACGAUAAGAGGUGGAAGGAGACGAGCAAGGUGUGCAAUUUUUUGCUCUACAAGACGGCAUACGAUGCACAGAAGAUGCACGGUCUGCCGGUGGGCGUUCAGGUGGUGACGAGACCCUACCACGAUGAAAAGGCGAUCGGGAUCAUGAGGCUGAUCGACGAAGCUCUGCCAUCGCCGGAGAAGAGAGGAGGAGAGUGGAAGAACAAGAUCGACCCACAGGGAAACAGAAUACCGCAAGAAGCUGCCAAGUCGGCUGUUGGAUUCGGACCCGGCACUCUUACCAAGGCUUUGUUUCAGUAG